UUGAAUUUUCAGGAUGAAACCGCCACACGUGUACGCGCUAACAAACCACCGCCAACCGUCGUUUGCUACCUCUGCGGAAGACAAUUCGGUAGCAAAAGUAUUGCAAUCCAUGAGCCAACCUGUCUGGAGAAGUGGAAAAUCGAAAAUGACAAGUUACCAAAAAAUCAGCGUAAACCUCUUCCACAGAAACCGGAAGUUAUCAUCAGAGACGGCCAAAUUGAUCAAAUUGCAAUGAACGAAGCUGCUUGGAAAGCAGCGCAAGGGAACUUAGCGCCUUGUGAAGGUUGUGGACGGACUUUCUUCCCGGAUCGACUGGUUGUUCACCAGAGAAGUUGCCUGAAAGAUAAACCAGUCAGUAGUAACUGUUCGACGCUUUCUACAGAACCUCCACCAAAAUCACGCCAUAAGCCACCACCUACCGUAGUUUGCUACAUUUGUGGACGACAGUUCGGUUCGCGAAGCAUCGAAAUACAUAUUCCACAAUGCCUAAAGAAAUGGGAAGCUGAGAAUGAAAAAUUGCCAAAAAAUCAGCGCAGGCCUACACCUCAACGUCCGGAAGUUUUGGCGAAAGGUGACUUUUCACAUGUUUUUUGCGCAACAUAA